AUGCUCGGAAUAAUUACAACCGUAAAAUCAAAAAAUUCUUCCCCUUCAGAAGAAAAUUUGAUUCCGACUGCACAUAUCGUAACAGAAGAUUCCUAUAAAAUACACGUGAAAUGGUUGACUGCGACGUCAUGUGACGAGAAAAAUAACAAGGAACUUACAAGUAAAUUUCAUCCAUUCUGGUUACGUGAUCAUUGUCGAUGCCUGGAAUGUUAUCAUCAAAUAACUAAACAGCGUCUAGUGAAUACUUUUACGAUUCCAAAAGAUAUUAGAGCAUCUUCAAUAAAUGCAACUUCGGAUGGGUUAAACAUUGUGUGGUCAAAUGAUAAUCAUUCGAGUUUCUUCAAAUGGAAUUGGCUACGAAUACACUCGUAUGACCCACCAAUAAUCAAUCGAGAGAACCCAUUUACUAAUCGAAUAUUCUGGAAUAGUCAAAUGAUACAGAAUCUUUUCCCAAUUCUUCAAUUUGAGAAUGUUAUGCAAACACAUGAAGGAUUGACGCAAAUGCUUAAAAAUCUUGAUCAAUACGGAAUAACAUUCGUGGACGAUGUUCCUGUGAACGUUAAAGACACUGAAGCAUUAGCUCGAAGGAUUUGUUUUAUUCGUGAGACUCAUUAUGGCGGAUUCUAUGACUUUACGCCUAAUUUAGAACACGGAGACACAGCCUAUACAACAUUAGCACUAAAAGUGCACACAGACACAACAUACUUUACCGAUCCUAUAAGACUCCAGAUGUUUCACCUACUAGAAUUCAACGGCAAAGGCGGCAAAUCAAUAUUUGUCGAUGGGUUCUACGUGGCAAAUCUACUAAAAUCACAAAAUCCACAUGCUUACAAAACCCUCUCCACGAUUCGGAUUCCUGCGCAUUGCGCAGGGGAUAAAAAUAUUUGCAUACAACCAACCCCCCAUUCAUUUCCAAUUCUAAAUCAUAAUCCAAUUACCAGCGCAUUAUAUCAAAUACGAUACAAUAAUGAUGAUCGAUCGACAAUGUCGCAUUUGAAGCCGGAUCAAGUUGAAGAAUUUUAUGAUGCGUUACGAGCGUGGAACAAGUUGUUGCAAGAUUCUGCGAAUGAAUUUUUGAUUCAGUUAGUUCCUGGUAGAGCUGUACUAUUUGAUAAUUGGCGUGUGUUACACGGUCGUACAGCAUUUGUUGGGCAUCGACGUUUGACUGGUGCUUAUUUGAAUCAUGAUGAUUAUCAAAGUCGGUUGAAGGUUAAUUGUUUGUCGCUGAAUGAGAUCGAAGAAAGUCUUUAA